AUGGAAAGUCCUCAUGAACACCAGCAGAACGUUCUGCUCUCCCGAAUCAUCACCAAUGUGGAGAAACUAAACGAGGCCGUCAUGAUGUUGAACAAGAGUUUGCAGGAAAUCAACAUCAACAACAUGGAUGUUGAGCUUGUCGCCCAGAUGUUUAAGAAUUAUCAGUCCAACGUUCUCUUCCAUCUCGAAGGUAAGCUGGACACUGAUGCCGAACUUCAAAGUCGUAUAAUGAUCGUAGCAGCGACGGACAACCUCCGCGAGGCCUCGUGA